UCCUGCUGCCGCCGCCGCCGCCGCCGCCUUUGCUGCUGCCGCCGGCCACUAUUCCUCCUCCUCCCGCUCCCAGGAUGAUGAAACGGAGUCUCCGAGAGGUGGAGUGACUUGCCCCUGAUCACACAAAUUAUCUCAUCUCCUUGGACUCCCAGGUCCACCUGCUGCAGCCCACUUCUGGGCCAUGUCUUCCUCCGAUGAAGAAACGCUCAGUGAGCGGUCCUGUCGCAGUGAACGGUCAUGUCGGAGCGAGAGGUCUUACCGGAGUGAGAGAUCAGGGAGUCUGUCUCCCUGUCCCCCAGGGGAUACCUUGCCCUGGAACCUGCCACUGCAUGAGCAGAAAAAGCGGAAAAGCCAGGAUUCAGUGCUGGACCCUGCGGAGCGUGCUGUGGUCAGAGUUGCUGAUGAGCGGGACCGGGUUCAGAAGAAAACGUUCACCAAGUGGGUCAACAAGCACCUGAUGAAGGUCCGCAAGCAUAUCAAUGAUUUAUAUGAGGACCUGCGAGAUGGCCAUAACCUGAUUUCUCUGUUGGAGGUCCUCUCGGGUAUCAAACUGCCCCGAGAGAAGGGCAGGAUGCGUUUCCAUAGGCUGCAAAAUGUGCAGAUUGCCCUGGACUUUCUAAAGCAGCGACAGGUGAAGCUAGUGAAUAUUCGCAAUGAUGACAUCACAGAUGGCAAUCCCAAGCUGACCCUAGGCCUGAUCUGGACCAUUAUUUUGCACUUCCAGAUCUCUGACAUCUAUAUUAGUGGGGAAUCAGGGGACAUGUCAGCGAAGGAGAAGCUACUUUUGUGGACUCAGAAGGUGACAGCUGGUUACACAGGAAUCAAGUGCACCAACUUUUCUUCCUGCUGGAGUGAUGGGAAAAUGUUCAAUGCACUUAUUCAUCGAUAUAGACCUGAUCUGGUAGAUAUGGAGAGGGUACAAAUCCAAAGUAACCGAGAGAAUCUGGAACAGGCUUUUGAAGUGGCAGAAAGACUGGGAGUCACCCGGUUGCUGGAUGCAGAAGAUGUGGAUGUGCCAUCUCCAGAUGAAAAGUCUGUAAUCACUUAUGUGUCUUCAAUUUAUGAUGCCUUCCCUAAAGUCCCUGAGGGUGGAGAAGGGAUCAGUGCUACGGAAGUGGACUCCAGGUGGCAAGAAUACCAGAGCCGAGUGGACUCACUUAUCCCCUGGAUCAAACAGCAUACGAUUCUGAUGUCAGAUAAAUCUUUCCCCCAGAACCCUGUUGAACUAAAGGCACUUUAUAACCAAUAUAUACACUUCAAAGAAACAGAAAUUCUGGCCAAGGAGAGAGAAAAAGGAAGAAUUGAGGAAUUAUAUAAAUUAUUAGAGGUGUGGAUUGAAUUUGGCAGAAUUAAACUGUCUCAAGGUUAUCACCCAAAUGAUGUGGAAGAAGAGUGGGGAAAACUCAUCAUUGAGAUGCUGGAGCGGGAGAAAUCCCUCCGACCAGCUGUAGAGAGGCUAGAAUUGCUGCUACAAAUUGCAAACAAAAUCCAGAAUGGUGCUUUGAACUGUGAAGAAAAACUGACACUAGCUAAAAAUACACUGCAGGCUGAUGCUGCUCACCUGGAAUCAGGACAGCCAGUACAAUGUGAGUCAGAUGUCAUCAUGUACAUUCAGGAGUGUGAAGGUCUCAUCAGGCAGCUGCAGGUGGAUCUCCAGAUCCUACGGGAUGAGAAUUACUACCAGCUAGAAGAGCUGGCCUUUAGGGUCAUGCGCCUACAGGAUGAGCUGGUCACCCUGCGUCUAGAGUGCACAAACCUAUACCGGAAGGGCCAUUUCACUUCACUUGAAUUGGUUCCACCUUCUACUUUAACCACUACUCAUCUGAAAGCAGAACCUUUAACCAAGGCAACCCAUUCUUCUUCUACCUCUUGGUUCCGAAAGCCCAUGACUCGGGCUGAACUUGUGUCUAUCUCCUCCUCUGAAGAUGAAGGCAAUCUCCGAUUUGUGUAUGAACUACUAUCUUGGGUAGAAGAGAUGCAGAUGAAACUGGAGCGGGCAGAAUGGGGCAAUGACCUGCCUAGUGUGGAGUUGCAGCUAGAAACACAGCAGCGUAUCCAUACUAGUGUAGAGGAACUGGGCUCAAGUGUCAAAGAGGCCCGGUUGUAUGAGGGAAAGAUGUCCCAGAAUUUCCAUACCAGCUAUGUUGAAACUCUUGGAAAAUUGGAGACACAAUAUUGUAAAUUGAAGGAGACUUCUAGCUUCCGGAUGAGACACCUUCAGAGCUUGCAUAAAUUUGUCUCCAGAGCUACAGCUGAAUUGAUCUGGUUGAAUGAGAAGGAGGAGGAGGAACUAGCAUAUGACUGGAGUGACAACAAUCCCAAUAUCUCAGCCAAGAAAAAUUACUUCUCUGAGUUAACAAUGGAAUUGGAGGAGAAGCAGGAUGUGUUUCGGUCUCUACAAGAUACAGCAGAACUGCUGUCACUUGAGAACCAUCCAGCUAAGCAGACUGUGGAGGCAUACAGUGCUGCUGUUCAGUCCCAGUUGCAGUGGAUGAGGCAGCUGUGCUUGUGUGUUGAGCAGCAUGUGAAAGAGAAUGCAGCUUACUUUCAGUUCUUCAGUGAUGCUCGAGACCUGGAGUCAUUCUUGAGGAACCUCCAAGAUUCCAUCAAACGAAAAUAUUCCUGUGACCACAACACCAGCUUAUCCCGUCUUGAGGACCUGCUCCAGGACUCCAUGGAUGAAAAGGAGCAGCUUAUACAGUCCAAGAACUCAGUUGCCAGUCUUGUUGGAAGAUCAAAAACCAUUGUUCAGCUAAAGCCACGCAGUCCAGACCAUGUGCUAAAAAGCACCAUUUCUGUGAAGGCCAUUUGUGACUAUCGGCAGAUUGAGAUCACUAUUUGUAAGAAUGAUGAGUGUGUACUUGAAGACAAUUCUCAGCGGACCAAAUGGAAGGUGAUCAGCCCCACCGGGAAUGAGGCCAUGGUGCCCUCAGUCUGCUUCCUCAUCCCCCCACCCAAUAAGGAUGCCAUUGAGAUGGCCAGCAGGGUGGAACAAUCUUAUCAGAAGGUGAUGGCCCUUUGGCACCAGCUACAUGUUAACACCAAAAGCCUUAUCUCCUGGAACUAUCUGCGGAAGGACCUUGAUCUUGUUCAGACCUGGAACCUAGAAAAGCUUCGAUCCUUAGCACCAGGGGAGUGCCACCAGACUAUGAAGAAUCUCCAGGCUCACUAUGAAGACUUUCUGCAGGACAGUCGUGACUCUGCACUCUUCUCAGUGGCUGAUCGCUUACGGUUGGAAGAGGAAGUAGAGGCUUGUAAAACCCAUUUUCAGCACCUGAUGAAGUCCAUGGAAAAUGAGGACAAAGAGGAGACUGCAGCCAAGAUAUACAUUUCAGAGCUGAAGAAUAUUCGGUUACGCCUGGAGGAGUGUGAACAGAGGUUGGUCAAACAAAUUCAGUCUCCAGCCAGCUCUAGAACUGACAGAGAUGCCCGGCAGGACAUUGCAUUAAGGAUUGCAGAGCAGGAGCACACCCAGGAGGAUUUGCAGCAACUGAGAUCUGAUUUGGAUACUCUUUCUAUGAAAUGCAACAGCUUUCUCCACCAGUCUCCAUCUGGUUCAAGUGUCCCAACUCUGCGUUCUGAACUGAAUCUGCUGGUGGAGAAGAUGGACCGUGUCCAUAGUCUCUCUACUGUCUAUUUGAAUAAAUUAAAGACAAUCGAUGUUAUAGUGCGUAGCAUACAGGAUGCUGAACUCCUGGUCAAAGGUUAUGAAAUCAAGCUGAGUCAAGAAGAAGCAGUGCCAGCAGAUCUCGUAGCUCUGGAGUCCCAUCGGUCUACAUUACGGCACUGGCUUAAUGACGUGAAGGACAAAAAUUCAGUGUUCUCAGUCUUGGAUGAAGAAAUCACCAAGGCCAAGGUAGUGGCAGAGCAGCUGAGUCGUCUGACACCAGAGCGAAACCUGGAUUUGGAGCGCUAUCAGGAGAAAGGCUCCCAGCUACAGGAACGUUGGCACCGUGUCAUUGUCCAGUUAGAGACCCGCCAAUCUGAGCUAGAAAGUAUCCAGGAAGUUCUAGGAGAUUACAGAGCAUGCCAUGGAACUCUUAUCAAAUGGAUCGAGAAAACCACUGCCCAGCAGGAAAUGAUGAAGCCAGGCCAGGCGGAAGAUAGCAGAAUGCUGUCGGAGCAGCUCAGCCAGCAAACAGAGCUGUUUGCAGAAAUUGAGAGAAAUCAAACAAAACUGGACCAAUGUCAAAAAUUUUCCCAGCAAUACUCCACUAUUGUAAAGGACUAUGAAUUGCAACUGAUGACUUACAAAGCCUUUGUGGAAUCACAGCAGAAAUCUCCUGGCAAGCGCCGUCGCAUGCUUUCCUCUUCAGAUGCCAUCACACAAGAGUUUAUGGACUUGAGGACUCGGUACACAGCAUUGGUGACCUUAACAACUCAGCAUGUGAAAUACAUCAGUGAUGCACUCCGGCGGUUGGAGGAGGAGGAGAAAGUGGUAGAAGAGGAAAAACAGGAACAUGUGGAGAAAAUUAAAGAUCUUUUGGGCUGGGUUUCUGCCCUGGCAAGGAAUACACAAGCAAAAAUUACCUCAUCCCACACCAAAGAAUCAACAGACAUUGAAAAAGCUAUUUUAGAACAGGAGGUUCUGGCGGAAGAGCUGACAACCAAGAAAGAACAGGUUUCUGAGACCAUUAAAACCUCACAGAUCUUCUUGGCCAAGCAUGGUCAUAAGCUCUCAGAAAAAGAGAAGGAGCAGAUCUCUGAGCAACUGGAUGCCCUGAAUAAGGCUUACCACGACCUUUGUGAUGGUUCAGCAAGCCAGCUUCAGCAGCUCCAGAGCCAGUUGGUCCAGCAGACAGAACAAAAGGGUUGCAGAGCAGUUGCUGGGGUGAUUGAUCUAGGCACAGUGGAGAUAUUUCCCAUCUUCAGAGCCAUGCAAAAGGGCCUCAUUGACCAGGACACAGGCCUUGUACUCCUGGAAUCCCAGGUUGUCAUGUCUGGCCUCGUUGCCCCUGAGACCAGUGAAAAGCUCUCUUUGGAGGAGGGCCUGGCCAGAAACCUCAUUAAUCCCCAGAUGUACCAGCAGCUCCGGGAACUACAGGAAGCACUAUCCUUAAUAAGCAGAUUUACUAAGAGCAAAGGCCCUUUUUCUGUGGUGGAAGCAAUUGAAAAGAGAAUAAUCAGCGAGAGAGUUGGACUGAAAGUUUUAGAAGUACACCUGGCCACUGGAGGUUUCAGUGUCUCCCCAAGUGAGAACUGUAUUAACCUGGAAGAGGCUUUUCAACAAGGCCUCAUUUCUACUUGGCUCCACUCAGUGUUAGAGUCUCACCUAAGAUCAUCCAAAAACUUGAUAGACCCCAACACAGCUGAAAAAAUCAGUUUAUUAGAUCUGAUGCAAAGGUGUAUUGUCCACCAAGAAUCAGGGUUGAAAUUACUGCCCGUCAAGCAAUUGGCAGGGGGAAUGGUGAGCUUGAAAUCAGGUCGGAAAGUUAGUAUUUUCCGUGCAGUUCAGGAAGGGCUAAUAGAUAGGCAGGUCACUGUCCGUUUACUAGAAGCUCAGCUUUUUGCUGGUGGCAUAGUAGAUCCGAGAACAGGACACAGACUUACAGUGGAAGAGGCUGUAAGACAUAAUUUGAUUGAUCAAGAUAUGGCCUGUGCUAUUCUUAUCAGGCAGCUUCAGACAGGCGGCAUCAUCAACACUGUCACAGGACAUAGAAUGACAAUAGAUGAAGCACUGAGCAAUGAUCUGGUAGCUGCUAAGAUCGCCCUUGUGAUUCUGGAAUCCCUCUGGUCAUUCAUGGGUUUUCUGUGGCCUGAAUCUGGGGAGAUCCUCCCAAUUACAGAUGCCCUAAAACAAGGUAUUGUGUCUACUGAACUAGCACAUAAAAUCCUUAGUAACCGACAGCAUAUUAAGGCUCUAUAUCUGCCAGCAACCACAGAGAUUUGGUCCUGGAAGAAAGCAAUAGAAAAGGGUAUCUUGGACAAAGAUCUUGUCAAUAACUUAAAAUCAAUUUGUAUACCAGAUGUGAUGCCCCACAUGCAAUUAGUGGACUCUUCCGAACAAAACAAAUUGAGCACUACUCCUGGAGCAGCAGCUCCACCAUGCAGCAAGGGCCAGUCUGGGGACAUAGCAAGCCAUGAUGAGAAGCUGUUAUUUCAACUGAUGACACACAGCUAUAUUAAUGUGCAGAAUGGACAAAGGCUGCUUCUGUUAGAUCAAGAACUGAUGGAGACUCUGUCAUGCACACAUGAACAUAAAACAGAUCCUCCAGAAGUGUUUGAAAUUGGGUGUCAGAAAGUAGACACUCUUGAGGAUUUGCAAGAAUCAGCUAAUGGGAGCAUCACAGAAACUUGCAGUGAGGGACUCACCGUGAGGCCGUGUGAAUUCCAGUUUUCAUAUCAGGAUGAAGAAUAUCCCAUCCAGGAAGAUUACACUGAAGCAAAAGGCAGAAAGACCACUGUAGGAGCAAAAUGUUCUGCUGUAGAAAACUCUGAAAAGGAUCUGUUUGUAGAACAAAAAGUGAUUAAUGCAAAUAUUGACACUUUGAAGGUCACAAAUAAAGUCAAGUCAGAGUUACAAAGGCAAUUGUUUGGUACGAAAAAUGAAGACCAAACAGAAGUAUCUACCAGAGAAAAUGUCAGCAGAGAACACCUCCUGAUUGUACCUCCUAAGGAAGCAGAAGAUGGGCCCUUGGAGAUUGACAAAGACCUAUGUGUUGAAACACCAGAGGAAGAAUGUCAGGCUCCCAGAAAUACUACCUUUACAUGUCAGAGAGAACAAGCAAAAGCAAAAGCACUUAAGACUGAAUAUAUUCCAAGUGAAACUGGAAGACCUCUCAUAAAGUCUCAAAGCAAAACAUCACAAGUUCAGUUAGAGAAGUCUCUGGGUUUUAAAUCAGAAUUGAAGUUGGAGGAUGAUAUGAAUAUUCAUUCUUUGGAAAAAGAGAAAGUGAUGAAUAAAUCACUUUUGAUUAGGAAUGACCAUGAACAAAACCAAGAAGGAAACAGCAUUGCAGGAAGUAAGAUGAUGAUGUUAGAAAAGACUGAUAGAGAAGAUAAUAGCAGUGCAACUUCCCUGUCACACAGUUCUCCUUCAGAGCUGACUGAAGAAGCUACCUUAAAUAUGUUAUCUGCACAGCUACUAGAUGGUGGUAUCUUUCAUGAAGAAACAGGUCAGAAGCUCUUACUCAAUGAAGCAAUAGCCCAAGGCCUUGUGCCCAGCCACACUGCUCUGAAACUUAUGGGAAAACUGAACAUGUUUCGGGGCUUCUUUGACUCUCAGACCAGUGAGUCUUUGACAACUGAAGAAGUGAUCAAUGAAGGUCUGAUGAAUGAGAAAUUAUUACAUAAUGUUCUCAUGGCAGACAAAGCUAUAAGUGGUGUUUUAGAUCCCCGUACCCACACUCUGUGCUCUGUAAAGGAUGCAGUUGCAGCUGGAAUUCUUGACAAGGAAAUAGCUACCAGGAUUUUAGAGGGUCAGGUGGUGACUGGUGGAAUUGUUGACCUGAAACGGGGAAAGAAAGUUUCGGUAACUUUGGCCUCAAAUCUUGGUCUGGUGGACAGUGCUGACCAGACAGAGCUUAUAAAUUUGGAGAAGGCCUCCAAAGGCAGAGAUGCUAAAAAACUAAUUAGGGAGAAAUUAAUUGGUCUACAAAUGGAAACAAUAGGACUUAUGGACCCUGACAACAAAGCCCCUUUAACAGUUGUGCAGUCCAUUGACCAAGGUGUUUUGAAGAAAGAAGAGGCCAUUCGUUUGUUGACUAAGCAGGUGAUAGAUGGAGGUAUUAUUCACCAUACCUCUGGGAUGAGACUUUCUGUUGAUAAUGCCUUUAAGCAGAGGUUGAUUGAUGAAAAUCUAACCAAGCAACUCAAAAAAGUUGAGAACUUAAACCUGCAUCACUUUUUUCAUCCUCAAACAAAGGAAACUCUUUCCCUCUGUGAAGCUAUAAAAUUAGACCUUAUUACCCCAGACUUGAAAAGGGAAAUUCAAGAAAGUCAGGUCUUUAGUGAAAACCUUGUGGAUCUUAUUUCUGACCAGAGACUGACCAUGGCAGAAGCUAACAAAGAAAGACUGUUAACUGAUAAAGCAGUACUGUCUUCAGGAAUGAUACAUGGGGUUGUCGAUCCUGAGAAUUACAGAAUUGUUCCCUACUCAGAAUUGAUAAAGAAAUGUAAGAUUGAUAUUGAAUCUGGACAGAGAUAUCUAGAUGUAAUUCCCUUCUCAGACAUUAAAGAUGGGGUAAGUGACAAAGUGAUUCCAUUAUCUGAAGCAGUUCAACUUGGAAAAGUAGACUUUGCAUCUACACUGAAGAUUUUAGAAGCUCAGGCAAGUACUGGUGGAAUCAUAGACACAGCCACAGGAAAAAGACUGACAUUGGCAUCAGCUAUGGAACAGAAAUUGGUGGACAAAAACAUGGCCAGAAUUAUUGCAUCUAACCAGGUGUUAAAUGGAGGAAUUGUUGACAUAUUUAAUGAUCAGAGAGUGACUUUGAAGGAAGCUGUUGAGAAAAGAUUUAUCAGCCCUGAACUGGCAACGCUGAUCCAUAUAAAUACUUUCACGUACAGUGAUCACCAGGCUCAUAUGGAAAAGCAAAGUGAAAUUGAAGUAUGUGAAUUACAGAAUGAAUUUAUAAGAAAAGAUAUAUUAAUUUCUUACAAUCAGACUGCUGAAAUGAGUUGUGAUAAAGGAGAAAGCAAGAGUUUCUUGCAAAUUAAAAGUCAGUCGGCACAAGAAAAGGUUAAAAUAAGAGUUUCUGAUGGGGAGCAGGUGAAAAAGAACAAGGAAGUUUCAUUAGAGCAGUUGGAGGGCAAAGAAUACGAUAAGUGGGGAGCUUCUGCAGAUGCUAAAGGGUCUUUCUGUGUCUUGAGUCCUUUUAAUCUUAAAGGUGAAUCCUUAGACCAAGUUUCAGUGACACAUCCCCAGUCAGCAGUUUCUGAUUUUAAACUCAAAGAGGUUGUUAGAAAUAACAUGGGUGAAAAUACACAUGUAGAGCAGGAAAAAGGAGUGACACACAUAGAAAUAAUAACUCCUAUGCAGCACUCUACCUCAGGUCAAGACACAGCAGAAGCAAAAGAAAAUCAAAGGGAAAUGAUUUGGGAAGUACAAGAAUCAAAUUGUGAAGUGUCAGACAGAUUGCUAAGGGAGCAACCACUGAAUAUCGAAGUGAAAAGUGAGAGAGACAAGAGGGAGAUGAUUGUUGAAGAAAGUGUCAGUCCAUGCAGACCAAAAGAUCUUUCUGAAGAAAAGUUGGAUCAGGAAACUACCAUUAGAGAUGAGCAUGACUCCAAUAUAAGGAGUCAGUCUGUGGAAAUGACCAGAAGUAAAUGGGAGAAAGAAUCUGAUAGAGAGAUGGGGUUUUCUGUUAUUUGUAAAACUGAAGACUCUGCUUCCCAAGUAACACCAAAAGGAGUCUCUGUAAGAAAUCAAGAUGCCUUAACAUUCUUCCGCUCUGCACAAGUCAGGGAAGGGGAAGUAAAAAAUGUAAACCUCUGUUUGACUUUAAAACCAGGAGAAAAUUUACAUCAAGAAAUUACUAGUGGGGCCCAGAGUUAUCCGUUCUCUUCUACGACCCCGAGAUCUGAAGGACUGCAUUACCAGGUAUCAGUUGAAAAAGCCCAAGUUACAGAUACACCCCAAAUUUCCAAAACAAAUAAGACCAUCCAAGGAACCACCAGACAGGAGACCAACUAUUUUCAAGAUUCCUAUGUUACUUCAAAGACUACAGAAACCAAAGAUCUGAUUUUCCCAUUUAAAGAAUGUAAAGAAACAUACCAAGAAGUACCUUUUGAUUCAACAAGCGCUCUUAAAUUUGAAGAAAUUACAGUUUCCAAAGUAGAUCCUGAUGUCAGUUAUCUAGAAUCCUCAAAUAGAAAAGAUCUUUAUCAUCAGAACAGCAAAGGUGAUCAUGAGCUUUGUGGAACUCUUAAAUCUAAAAUGGCAACAACUCAGGAAACAAAUGGAGAGAAAUUCUUAGAAAUGACAGACCCUAUUUUUACAGGUCUAGAAGCAGGGUCCCUUGAAGGAAUAGUCAUCCAGGGAUGUCCCACAGUCUUGGUAUCCCUUCUCCCAGAGAAACUACCCAAAGAGGAGUCCCAGAAAGAAAGUAUAGAGCAACAGGAUUCUGUCAGUAGUUCCAACAUUUUGGAGACCAGUGAAGAAACAACAGUAUCUCUAACAUCAUGUUCUACAGUGAAGGUGGAAAUGAUACCACAGGAAAAGCUUAGGGAAGGCCCUGACAGUGAACCGACUCCCUUCAUGGAUAUGCUUCGGGGAAAGGGGAGUGAAAGUGUAAAUCUGGAGCCUCUCAGAGCAACUCAAAAUGUGUUUAACCGGCGACUCUGUUUAGAACAUGAUGAGAAGCUGGUAUCCUAUCUGUCUCUACUACGGGACAUUGAAAUGAGGACUAAACAGAUUCAGCCUUUAGAGCUUAACCUGGUAGAACUGCAGGAUCUGCUGUGUCAGGCCAAGGUAUUAGACAAGGAGCUAAAAGAUCUGUCUGCCUUGGUGAAUCAAGAAUUGGAGUGUGUAAAUCAGAUUAUCAUCAGCCAACCUCAAGAAGUCCCUGCUCAACUGUUGAAGGCUCUAGAGAAAGAUGCCAAGAAUCUUCAAAAGUCUCUCAGCUCUGUGAGUGACACUUGGACUUCCAAACUGCUCCACCUCCAGAAUGCCAUGGAAAUGAAAAAGGCUUCAGUGUUAAAUCAGCACAUACAACUAGAAGGCAAACUUCAGGGUCUGAGAGCUUGGGUUGGUGAAACCAGUCGUACUCUGAACAGCAGGAGAUGUGACAUUAAGACAGAUAUUGACAGCCUGAAUCACUCUCUCCAGGAGUAUGAGGAUUUGAAACAGCCCAUGGCUGAAAGGAAAUCUCAGCUGGAAGCUCUUGCUUUUGAUAUUCAGUUCUUUAUCUCCGAGCAUGCACAGGACUUGUCCCCUCAGCAGAAUCGACAGAUGCUGAGGCUUCUGAAUGAACUGCAGAGGUCCUUCCAGGACCUUGUGGAAUGGACUACAGCGCAGACAGAUGCCUUGCAGGGCCAUCUUCAACAAAUGCAGCAGGAAACCUGGGUUAAGACUCUGCAGAAACAACAAAAUACCUGUCAUCAGAAACUAGAGGAUCUUUGCAGCUGGGUAGAACAGGCAGAAAGGGCACUGGUGAACCACCAGGGCAGAGCCUCCCUGCAAGAUCUUUGUACUUUGCAGAAGAACCAAAGUGAUUUGAAGGAUUUACAGGAUGAUAUUCAGAAUCAUGCCACCUCAUUUACCACUGUUGUCAAAGACAUUGAAGGGUUCCUGGAAGAGAACCAGACCAAACUGAGCCCCCAGGAGUUGACAGCUCUUCGGGGAAAACUUCAUCAGGUGAGGGAGCAAUAUGAAGCUCUCCAGGAACGGACACGGGUGGCCCAGAAGGAGCUGGAGCAAGCAGUGACCUCAGCUGUACAGCAGGAGACCGAAAAGAGUAAAGCAGCAAAAGAACUGGCUGAGAAUAGGAGUAAGAUUGAUGCUCUCUUGGAUUGGAUGACUUCUGUGGGAUCAUCUGGUGGACAGCUACAGACCAGUCUUCCAGGGAUGGAGCAGCUUUCUAGAGCUGGCCCGGCGAAAGGAGCCUUGGAUACCACUGAUGGUUACAUGGGGGUGAACCAAGCCCCAGAGAAAUUGGACAGGCAAUGUGAGAAGAUGAAGGCCCAUCACCAAGAAUUGCUGUCUCAGCAGCAAAAUUUCAUUCUGGCCACCCAGUCAGCUCAGGCCUUCCUGGACCAGCAGGGCCACAAUCUCACACCGGAGGAACAACAGAUACUGCAAAAGAAGUUAGGAGAUCUUAAGGAGCAAUACGUAGCUUCCCUGGCCCAGUCAGAGGCGGAACUGAAGCAAGUACAGACUCUCCGGGAUGAACUGCAGAAAUUCCUGCAGGACCACACAGAGUUUGAAAACUGGUUAGAACGUUCUGAGAAAGAACUGGAGAACAUGCAUAAGGGAAACAACAGCCCUGAAGUCCUGCCCUCCUUGCUAAAGAGGCAGGGAAGCUUCUCAGAGGAUGUCAUUUCCCACAAAGGAGACUUGAGAUUUGUAACUAUCUCAGGACAGAAAGUCUUGGACACAGAAAACAGCUUUGAGGAAGGCAAAGAACCAUCAACAACUAGAAACCUAGUGAAAGAGAAGCUAAAGGAUGCCACAGAAAGAUACACUAUUCUCCACUCAAAGUGUACACGUUUGGGCUCUUACCUCAACAUGUUGCUAGGCCAGUAUCAGCAAUUCCAGAGCAGUGCUGACAGCCUGAAAACCUGGCUGCAGACAUGUGAGGCCAAUGUGGAGAAGCUGCUCUCGGAUACUGUUGCCUCUGACCCUGGAAUCCUGCAACAGCAGCUCACAACAACAAAGCAGCUGCAGGAAGAACUGGCUGAGCACCAAGUACCUGUAGAAAAGCUCCAAAAAGUAGCUCAUGAUCUCAUGGAAAUUGAAGGGGAGCCAGCCCUGGAUCCUAAGCAUGUUCAAGAAACUACAGAUGCCAUACUCAGCCACUUCCAAAGCCUAUUCUGUAGCCUGGCUGAGCGCUCUGCUUUGCUGCAAAAGGCAAUUGCCCAGUCUCAGAGUGUCCAGGAAAGCCUGGAGAGCCUGUUGCAGUCCAUCAGGAAAGUUGAACAGAACCUCGAAGGGGAGCAGGUGUCAUCACUGUCAUCAGGAGUCAUCCAAGAAGCCCUGGCCAAUAAUAUGAAAUUGAAGCAGGACAUUGCUCGACAAAAGAGCAGCUUGGAGGCCACCCGUGAGAUGGUGACCCAAUUCACGGAAACAGCAGAUAGCACCACAGCAGCAGUGCUACAGGGCAAACUGGCAGAGGCAAGCCAGCACUUUGAGCAGCUCCAGCUUCAGCAGCAGGAAAAGGAGAGCACCCUAAAGAAGCUACUGCCCCAAGCAGAGAUGUUCGAACAACUCUCCAACAAACUGCAACAGUUCAUGGAAAACAAAAGUCGGAUGCUGGCCUCUGGGAAUCAACCAGAUCAAGAUAUUGCACAUUUCUCCCAGCAGAUCCAGGAGCUCACUUUGGAAAUGGCAGACCAACAGGAGAACCUGGAUACUCUUGAACACUUGAUCACUGCUCUGGGCUCUUGUGGCUUUGCACUGGACCUGUCCCAAUACCAGGGUAGGCUACAGAACCUCAAAAAGAACUUUGCAGAGCUACAGAAGACAGUUCAAGAAAGAGAGAAAGAUGCAUCAUCUUGCCAGGAGCAGCUGGAUGAGUUCCGAAAACUGAUUAGGACCUUCCAAAAAUGGCUGAAAGAAACUGAAGGGAGUAUUCCAUCUGCCGAGACCUUCAUGAGUGCUAAAGAGCUGGAAAAGCUAAUUGAACACCUGAAGGGUAUCCUCAUUGACUGGGCAAAUAAGGGAACUCUGGUGGAAGAAAUCAAUUGCAAAGGCACUUCUUUAGAAAAUCUCAUCAUGGAGAUCACAGCACCUGAUUCCCAAGCCAAGACAGGUUCCAUACUGCCCUCUGUAGGAAGCUCUGUAGGCAGUGUAAACGGAUACCACACCUGCAAAGAUCUGACGGAGAUACAGUGUGACUUGUCAGAUGUAAACUUGAAGUACGAGAAACUAGGUGGAGUACUUCGGGAACACCAGGAAAGCCUUCAGGCUGUCCUCAGCAGAAUGGAGGAAGUUCAGAAAGAGGCAAACUCAGUGCUGCAGUGGCUGGAAUCAAAAGAGGAGGUCCUGAAAGCCAUGGAUGCCUCUUUGUCUCCAACCAAGACAGAAACAGUGAAGGCACAAGCUGAAUCUAACAAGGCCUUCCUGUCUGAAUUGGAACAGAAUUCUCCAAAAGUCCAAAAAGUGAAGCAAGCUCUAGCUGAAUUACUGAUGACAUAUCCCAACUCACAAGAAGCAGAAAAUUGGAAGAAAAUGCAAGAAGAGCUCAAUUCCCGAUGGGAAAGGGCCACUGAGGUGACUAUGACUCGGCAAAAGCAGCUAGAGGAAUCUGCAAGCCAUCUGGCCUGCUUCCAGGCUGCAGAAUCUCAGCUCCGGCCCUGGCUGAUGGAGAAGGAACUGAUGAUGGGAGUGCUGGGCCCCCUAUCUAUUGACCCCAAUAUGUUGAAUGCACAAAAACAGCAGGUCCAGUUUAUGCUGAAAGAGUUUGAAACACGCAAGCAACAGCAUAAGCAGCUGAACGAGGCAGCUCAGGGCAUACUAAUAGGCCCUGGAGAUGUAUCUCCAUCCACCAACCAAGUACAGAAAGAACUCCAGAGCAUCAAUCAGAAGUGGAUUGAACUGACUGACAAACUCAAUUCCCGUUCCAGCCAAAUUGACCAAGCUAUUGUUAAAAGCACCCAGUACCAAGAACUGCUCCAGGACUUAUCAGAGAAAGUGAAGGCAAUUGGACAGCGACUGAGUGGCCAAUCAGCCAUCAGCACCCAACCUGAGGCUGUAAAGCAGCAAUUAGAGGAGACAAGUGAAAUUCGAUCUGACUUGGAACAAUUAGACAAUGAAAUAAAGGAGGCUCAAACACUGUGUGAUGAACUCUCAGUGCUCAUUGGUGAGCAGUACCUCAAGGAUGAGCUGAAGAAGCGUUUGGAGACAGUUGCUCUGCCACUCCAAGGCUUAGAAGACCUUGCAGCUGAUCGCAUGAACAGACUCCAGUCAGCUCUUGCCAGCACCCAGCAGUUCCAGCAAAUGUUUGAUGAGUUGAAGACCUGGUUAGAUGACAAACAAAGCCAGCAAGCAAAAAGCUGCCCAAUUUCUGCAAAACUGGAGAGGCUACAGUCUCAGCUACAGGAGAAUGAAGAGUUUCAGAAAAGCCUUAAUCAACACAGUGGUUCCUAUGAAGUGAUUGUGGCCGAGGGGGAAUCUCUGCUGCUUUCUGUACCCCCUGGAGAAGAGAAAAGGACUUUACAAAACCAGUUGGUUGAACUCAAAAGCCACUGGGAAGAGCUUAGUAAAAAAACUGCAGACAGACAAUCCAGGCUUAAGGACUGUAUGCAGAAAGCUCAGAAGUAUCAGUGGCAUGUGGAAGACCUUGUGCCAUGGAUAGAAGAUUGUAAAGCCAAGAUGUCUGAAUUAAGGGUCACUCUGGAUUCAGUGCAACUAGAAUCCAGUCUCCUGAGAUCAAAGGCUAUGCUGAAUGAGGUGGAAAAGCGCCGCUCCCUGCUGGAAAUACUGAAUAGUGCUGCUGACAUUCUGAUUAAUUCUUCAGAAACUGAUGAGGAUGGUAUCCGGGAUGAGAAGGCUGAGAUCAACCAGAAGAUGGAUGCCAUUACAGAAGAGCUACAGGUCAAAACUGGGUUGCUCGAAGAAAUGACUCAGAGGCUCAAGGAGUUUCAGGAAAGCUUUAAGAAUAUUGAAAGAAAAGUUGAAGGAGCCAAACAUCAACUUGAAAUCUUUGAUGCACUGGGCUCUCAAGCCUGUAGCAACAAGAACCUAGAGAAGCUAAGAGCUCAACAGGAAGUGCUGCAGGCUCUAGAGUCUCAAGUAGACUAUCUGAGGAACUUCACUCAGGGACUGGUAGAAGAUGCCCCAGAUGGAUCUGAUGCAUCCCAACUUCUUCAUCAAGCUGAGGUCGCCCAGCAAGAGUUCCUAGAAGUGAAACAAAGAGUGAACAGUGGUUGCAUGACAAUGGAAAACAAGCUGGAGGGGAUUGGCCAGUUUCACUGCCGAGUCCGAGAAAUGUUUUCUCAGUUGGCGGACCUGGAUGAUGAGCUAGAUGGCAUGGGUGCUAUCGGCAGAGACACCGAUAGCCUCCAAUCCCAAAUUGAGGAUGUACGACUCUUCCUGAACAAAAUACAGUCCCUCAAGUUUGACAUAGAGGCCUCUGAAGCAGAGUGCCAACAAAUGCUGGAAGAAGAGGGGACUCUGGACUUGUUAGGUCUCAAGAGGGAGCUAGAAGCCCUGAAUAAACAGUGUGGCAAAUUGUCAGAGAGGGGGAAAGCUCGCCAGGAACAGCUGGAGCUAACAUUGGGUCGAGUAGAGGACUUCUAUAGGAAAUUGAAAGUCCUCAAUGAUGCAACCACAGCAGCGGAGGAGGGAGAGGCACUCCAGUGGGUAGUGGGGACUGAAGUAGAUGUCAUCAACCAACAGUUAGCAGACUUUAAAAUGUUUCAGAAAGAACAAGUGGAUCCUCUUCAGAUGAAAUUGCAGCAGGUGAAUGGACUUGGCCAAGGACUGGUUCAGAGUGCAGGAAAAAACUGUGAUGUGCAGGGUUUAGAACAUGACAUGGAAGAGAUCAAUGCUCGAUGGAAUACAUUGAAUAAAAAGGUUGCACAAAGAAUUGCACAACUACAGGAGGCUUUGUUGCAUUGUGGGAAGUUUCAGGAUGCCUUGGAGCCUUUGCUCAGCUGGUUGGCAGACACUGAGGAGCUCAUAGCCAAUCAGAAACCUCCAUCUGCUGAGUAUAAAGUGGUGAAAGCACAGAUCCAAGAACAGAAGUUGCUCCAACGGCUCCUAGAUGACAGAAAGGCCACGGUAGACAUGCUUCAAGCAGAAGGAGGCAGAAUAGCCCAGUCAGCUGAGGUGGCUGAUAGAGAGAAAAUCACCGGGCAGCUGGGGAGUCUAGAGAGUAGAUGGACUGAACUACUCAGCAAGGCAGCCGCCAGGCAAAAACAGCUGGAAGAUAUCCUGGUUCUGGCCAAACAAUUCCAUGAGACAGCUGAGCCUAUUUCUGAUUUCUUAUCUGUCACAGAGAAAAAGCUUGCUAACUCGGAACCUGUUGGCACUCAGACUGCCAAAAUACAGCAGCAGAUCAUUCGGCACAAGGCUCUGGAGGAAGAAAUAGAAAACCAUGCAACAGAUGUGCACCAGGCAGUCAAAAUUGGGCAGUCUCUCUCCUCCCUGACAUGUCCUGCAGAACAGGGUGUGCUAUCAGAAAAGCUAGACUCAUUACAGGCCCAAUACAGUGAGAUUCAAGACCGGUGCUGUCGGAAGGCAGCCCUGCUUGAACAAGCACUAUCCAACGCUAGACUGUUUGGGGAGGAUGAGGUGGAGGUGCUCAACUGGCUGGCUGAGGUUGAGGACAAGCUCAGUUCAGUGUUCGUAAAGGAUUACAGACAGGAUGUCCUGCAGAAGCAGCAUGCUGACCACCUGGCUUUAAAUGAAGAAAUUGUUAAUAGGAAGAAGAAUGUAGAUCAAGCUAUUAAAAAUGGUCAGGCUCUUCUAAAACAAACCACAGGUGAAGAGGUGUUACUAAUCCAGGAGAAACUAGACGGAAUAAAGACCCGCUAUGCAGACAUCACAGUCACUAGCUCCAAGGCCCUUAGAACUUUAGAGCAAGCCCGGCAGCUGGCUACCAAAUUCCAGUCUACAUAUGAGGAACUGACUGGUUGGCUGAGGGAGGUGGAGGAGGAACUGGCAGCCAGUGGAGGACAGUCUCCCACAGGGGAGCAGAUACCCCAGUUUCAGCAAAGACAGAAGGAAUUGAAGAAGGAGGUCAUGGAGCACAGGCUGGUGUUGGACACAGUGAAUGAGGUGAGCCGUGCUCUCCUAGAGCUGGUGCCCUGGAGAGCCAGAGAAGGCCUGGAUAAACUUGUGUCGGAUGCCAAUGAGCAGUACAAACUGAUCAGUGACACUAUUGGACAAAGAGUGGAUGAAAUUGAUGCUGCUAUUCAGAGAUCACAACAGUAUGAGCAAGCUGCUGAUGCAGAACUAGCUUGGGUUGCCGAAACAACACGGAAACUGAUGGCCCUGGGUCCAGUCCGCCUGGAACAGGACCAGACCACAGCCCAACUGCAGGUGCAGAAGGCUUUCUCCAUUGACAUCAUUCGACACAAAGAUUCAAUGGAUGAACUCUUCAGUCACCGCAGUGAAAUCUUUGGCACAUGUGGGGAGGAGCAGAAAGCUGUAUUACAGGAAAAGACGGAGUCUCUAAUACAGCAGUAUGAAGCUAUUAGCCUACUCAAUUCAGAGCGUUAUGCCCGCCUAGAGCGGGCACAGGUCUUAGUGAACCAGUUUUGGGAAACUUAUGAAGAGCUCAACCCUUGGAUUGAGGAAAUUCGGGCACUAAUAGGACAGUUACCUCCUCCAGCUAUUGAUCAUGAGCAGCUCAGGCAACAGCAAGAAGAAAUGAGGCAACUAAGGGAAUCCAUUGCUGAACACAAACCACAUAUUGAUAAGCUACUAAAGAUAGGCCCACAACUAAAGGAAUUAAACCCCGAGGAAGGGAAAAUGGUGGAAGAAAAAUACCAGAAAGCAGAAAACAUGUAUGCCCAAAUAAAAGAGGAGGUGCGCCAACGGGCCUUGGCUCUGGAUGAGGCUGUUUCCCAGUCUGCUCAGAUUACAGAGUUCCAUGAUAAAAUUGAGCCCAUGUUGGAGACUCUGGAGAAUCUUUCCUCUCGCCUGCGUAUGCCACCCCUGAUUCCUGCUGAAGUAGAUAAGAUCAGAGAGUGCAUCAGUGACAAUAAGAGUGCCACCGUGGAGCUAGAAAAACUGCAGCCAUCCUUUGAGGCCCUAAAGCGCCGUGGAGAAGAGCUCAUUGGGCGAUCUCAGGGAGCAGACAAGGAUUUGGCUGCAAAAGAAAUCCAGGACAAACUGGAUCAAAUGGUGUUCUUCUGGGAAGACAUCAAAGCUCGGGCUGAAGAGCGAGAAAUUAAAUUCCUUGAUGUCCUUGAAUUAGCGGAGAAGUUCUGGUAUGACAUGGCAGCUCUCCUGACCACCAUCAAAGACACCCAGGACAUUGUCCAUGACUUGGAAAGCCCAGGCAUUGACCCAUCCAUCAUCAAGCAACAGGUUGAGGCUGCUGAGACUAUUAAGGAGGAGACAGAUGGUCUGCAUGAGGAGCUGGAGUUCAUUCGAAUCCUUGGAGCAGAUUUAAUUUUUGCCUGUGGAGAAACUGAGAAGCCCGAAGUAAAGAAGAGCAUUGAUGAGAUGAAUAAUGCUUGGGAGAACUUAAACAAAACAUGGAAAGAAAGGCUAGAGAAACUUGAGGAUGCCAUGCAAGCUGCUGUGCAGUAUCAGGACACUCUUCAGGCUAUGUACGACUGGCUGGAUAACACUGUGAUCAAACUGUGCACCAUGCCUCCUGUUGGCACUGACCUCAAUACUGUUAAAGAUCAGUUAAAUGAGAUGAAGGAGUUCAAAGUGGAAGUUUACCAACAGCAAAUUGAGAUGGAGAAACUCAAUCACCAGGGUGAAUUGAUGUUAAAGAAAGCUACUGAUGAAACAGACAGAGACAUUAUACGAGAACCACUUACAGAACUCAAACACCUCUGGGAGAAUUUGGGUGAGAAAAUUGCUCAUAGACAGCAUAAGCUGGAAGGUGCUCUCUUGGCCCUUGGCCAGUUCCAGCAUGCCUUAGAGGAACUAAUGAGUUGGCUGACUCACACUGAAGAGUUGCUAGAUGCUCAGAGACCAAUAAGUGGAGACCCCAAAGUCAUUGAAGUUGAGCUUGCAAAGCACCAUGUUCUGAAAAAUGAUGUUUUGGCUCAUCAAGCCACAGUAGAAACAGUCAACAAAGCUGGCAAUGAACUCCUUGAAUCAAGUGCUGGAGAUGAUGCCAGCAGUUUAAGGAGCCGCUUGGAAACCAUGAACCAGUGCUGGGAGUCAGUGCUACAGAAAACAGAGGAGAGGGAGCAGCAGCUGCAGUCAACACUGCAGCAGGCCCAGGGUUUCCACAGUGAGAUUGAAGAUUUCCUUUUGGAACUGACUAGAAUGGAGAGCCAACUUUCUGCAUCUAAACCCACAGGAGGACUUCCUGAAACUGCUAGGGAACAACUUGAUACACAUAUGGAACUCUACUCUCAGCUGAAAGCCAAGGAAGAGACUUACAAUCAGCUACUUGACAAAGGCAGGCUCAUGCUCCUGAGCCGCGAUGACUCUGGUACUGGCUCAAAGACAGAACAGAGCGUAGCUCUCUUGGAACAGAAGUGGCGUAUAGUCAGCAGUAAAAUGGAAGAAAGAAAGUCAAAACUGGAAGAGGCCCUCAACCUGGCAACAGAAUUCCAGAAUUCCCUACAAGAAUUUAUCAACUGGCUCACUCUAGCAGAGCAGAGUUUAAACAUCGCUUCUCCCCCCAGCCUGAUUCUAAACACUGUCCUUUCCCAGAUUGAGGAGCAUAAGGUUUUUGCUAAUGAAGUUAAUGCCCACCGAGACCAGAUCAUUGAGCUGGAUCAAACCGGAAAUCAGUUAAAAUUCCUUAGCCAAAAACAGGAUGUUGUUCUGAUCAAGAAUUUGUUGGUUAGCGUCCAGUCUCGGUGGGAGAAGGUUGUCCAGCGAUCUAUUGAAAGAGGGCGUUCACUAGAUGAUGCCAGGAAGCGGGCAAAACAAUUCCAUGAAGCUUGGAAAAAACUGAUUGAUUGGCUAGAAGAUGCAGAAAGUCACCUGGACUCUGAACUGGAGAUAUCAAAUGACCCAGACAAAAUUAAACUUCAGCUUUCUAAGCAUAAGGAGUUUCAGAAAACUCUUGGUGGCAAACAACCUGUAUAUGAUACAACAAUUAGAACUGGCAGAGCACUGAAAGAGAAGACGUUGCUUGCUGAUGAUACUCAGACACUUGACAACUUGUUGGGAGAAGUCAGAGACAAAUGGGAUACUGUUUGUGGCAAGUCUGUGGAGCGGCAACACAAGUUGGAGGAAGCCCUGCUGUUUUCAGGCCAGUUCAUGGAUGCUUUGCAGGCCUUGGUUGACUGGUUAUACAAAGUGGAGCCACAGCUGGCUGAGGACCAGCCUGUGCAUGGGGACCUUGACCUUGUUAUGAAUCUCAUGGAUGCCCAUAAGGUUUUCCAGAAGGAACUGGGAAAAAGAACAGGAACUGUUCAGGUCUUAAAGCGGUCAGGUAGAGAACUAAUUGAGAAUAGUCGAGAUGACACCACUUGGGUAAAAGGACAACUCCAAGAACUUAGCACUCGCUGGGACACUGUCUGUAAACUCUCUGUUUCCAAGCAAAGCCGACUUGAGCAGGCUUUAAAACAGGCAGAGGAGUUUCGGGACACAGUGCACAUGCUGUUGGAGUGGCUUUCUGAAGCAGAGCAAACACUUCGCUUUCGAGGGGCUCUUCCUGAUGACACAGAGGCCCUGCAAUCUCUCAUUGACACCCAUAAGGAAUUCAUGAAGAAAGUGGAAGAAAAGCGAGUGGAUGUUAAUGCAGCAGUAGCCAUGGGAGAAGUCAUCCUGGCUGUCUGUCAUCCUGAUUGCAUUACCACCAUCAAACACUGGAUCACCAUCAUACGAGCUCGCUUUGAGGAGGUCCUGACAUGGGCUAAGCAGCACCAACAGCGCCUGGAAACAGCCCUGUCAGAACUGGUGGCUAAUGCUGAGCUCCUAGAAGAACUUCUGGCGUGGAUCCAGUGGGCUGAGACCACCCUUAUUCAGCGAGAUCAGGAGCCAGUCCCUCAGAACAUUGACCGAGUUAAAGCCCUUAUUGCUGAGCAUCAGACAUUUAUGGAGGAAAUGACACGCAAACAGCCAGAUGUGGACCGGGUUACCAAGACAUACAAAAGGAAGAAUAUAGAGCCUACCCAUGGUCCUUUCAUCGAGAAAUCCCGCAGUGGUAGUAGGAAAUCCUUAAGUCAGCCCACACCUCCUCCCAUGCCAAUCCUCUCACAAUCUGAAGCAAAAAAUCCACGAAUCAACCAGCUCUCUGCCCGCUGGCAGCAGGUGUGGUUGCUAGCCCUGGAGCGCCAGCGGAAGCUGAAUGAUGCCUUGGAUAGACUAGAGGAGUUGAAGGAAUUUGCCAACUUUGACUUUGAUGUUUGGAGAAAAAAGUAUAUGCGUUGGAUGAAUCACAAAAAAUCUCGGGUAAUGGACUUCUUCCGGCGCAUCGACAAAGACCAGGAUGGGAAGAUAACACGUCAGGAAUUUAUCGAUGGCAUUUUAGCAUCCAAGUUCCCUACGACCAAGUUAGAAAUGACUGCUGUGGCUGACAUUUUUGACCGGGAUGGGGAUGGCUAUAUUGACUACUAUGAAUUUGUGGCUGCUCUUCAUCCCAACAAGGAUGCUUAUCGACCAACAACUGAUGCAGACAAAAUCGAAGAUGAGGUCACAAGACAAGUGGCACAGUGCAAGUGUGCGAAAAGGUUUCAGGUGGAACAGAUCGGAGAGAAUAAAUACCGGUUCUUCCUCGGCAAUCAGUUUGGGGAUUCUCAGCAGUUGCGGCUGGUCCGUAUUCUGCGCAGCACAGUGAUGGUCCGGGUUGGCGGAGGAUGGAUGGCCUUGGAUGAAUUUUUAGUGAAAAAUGAUCCCUGCCGAGUUCACCAUCCUGGGAGUAAAAUAAAGCGCUCUGAUUCCAGCUCUUCGAUUUCCAGUCAGUCUCCCAUAGCACGAGGUAGAACUAACAUCGAACUUAGAGAGAAAUUCAUCCUACCAGAGGGGGCAUCCCAGGGAAUGACUCCUUUCCGAUCACGAGGUCGAAGAUCCAAACCAUCUUCCCGGGCAGCUUCUCCCACCCGCUCCAGCUCAAGUGCUAGUCAAAGCAACCACAGCUGUACAUCCAUGCCCUCUUCUCCAGCCACCCCUGCCAGUGGGACCAAGACUCCACUUCAGUUCUCUCGCUGUUAUGACAAACCUUGGUUGGUAAACAGUAAGGCUGGCACCCCUCUCAGGGACAGCCAUUGUCCUGACCUCCAGCUGCCCAGCCCCGAGGUUAUUCCAUCAACGGGCAGCAAGUUGAAACGACCAACACCAACUUUUCAUUCUAGUCGAACGUCCCUUGCUGGUGAUACCAGCAAUAGUUCUUCCCCAGCUUCCACAGGUGCCAAAACUAAUCGGGCAGACCCUAAGAAGUCAGCCAGCCGCCCUGGGAGUCGGGCUGGGAGUCGAGCUGGAAGCCGUGCCAGCAGCCGGAGAGGAAGUGAUGCCUCUGACUUUGACCUUUUAGAGACGCAGUCUGCUUGUUCAGACACUUCAGAGAGCAGUGCUGCAGGGGGCCAGGGCAACUCCAGAAGAGGGCUAACCAAACCUUCCAAAAUCCCGACCAUGUCUAAGAAGACCAGCACUGCCUCCCCCAGGACUCCUGGUCCCAAGCGAUAACACUGUACAAGCACCCCAUGCCACUGUCCUCUUUGAAUCCUCUCCAUACAUUGGGUGUAUAUUUAUUCCGAAUGGGAGAAGUUAUAUUGUUAAAAGUGUAAAAGAAUAAUUGUGUUAUGAAGCUGCCUUAUUAUUUUUUUCCUUUUGUAAGUUACUAUUUUCAUGUGAAUAUUUAUGUAGAUAAAAUUUGCCUCCUGGUAACCCUGUAAUGGAUGGGGUCCAGAAAUAUUUGAGAAAAACAAUUGAAAAGGUCAAGAUGCAAAUGUGUAUUAAAAAAAAAAAGUCUCUAAUUAGGGUUUCCGCGUGGUGCAGGGGUUGUAAA